AGUGUGGAGGAGCACUGACUGCAGACAGAGGUUCCUUCUCCUCGCCGUUCUUCCCCUCCAACUAUCCUCCAAAAACCACGUGUGUGUGGACCAUCGAGGCUCCAAAGGAGAAGUUUUUGAAGGUUCAGUUCAACAAGUUCUUCCUGGGGAAAUACAGCAGCCAGUGCCAGAAUGAUUAUGUGGAGGUCAACGGUCAGAGAUUGUGUGGCAGUAAACCGAAGAGCACCGUGGUCACCAGCCGGAAAAAUAAGAUGACGAUCACAUUUAAAUCGGACUCGUCUUACGUAGACCAGGGUUUCAUCGCAGAGUACGAAGCAUUCAUCCCGAAUAACCCGUGUCCGGGGAGGUUUCAGUGCACCAACAACCUCUGCAUCAACAGCACGCUGCAGUGCGACGGCUGGAACGACUGCGGAGACGGCAGCGACGAGGACGGCUGCA